AUGUCGGCCCCGGCUCUCGAUGCCGAGCUCAUCAAGUUAAUUAGGCUAUGCUAUCGCUUCGACCGCGAAUCCAAUUCCCCAGAGGAGGAAGAAGUCUCACCAGAGCAAGAUUUAAAGACCCAACAGGAAAACUUGAAUCGAGUUGAAAGCACCAUACUACCUGCCAUUCGUGACCUAGUCACCGCACUGCUCGAGGCAUUAGACUUACCUGCUAAAGACACGAUAUCUCCCCAGCCCAAGCUCGAUGAAGCCUUAGAAAUCGUGCCUAGGUUCACUAGCCUUGUGCAAGACCUGGCCUCCUCCGUCCUUCCUCCUGACUACUCCAAUCCAGAAAUAUGUCGAUUGAUUGAUCAAAAUUAUGGCCAAUUCAACCAAUUCAGAUCUCGCUACUUGAAGAAGAAUGUUACCCAGCUCAUCAAAGAAGAUCUCAGCAGCUUAUUCAAUAGCCUCUCUUCCUUUGUUUCUGAUGGCGAAUAUCACGCUCCUGAUUACGAACCGUCAGACCGGAACAAACCUUCCCAACAGGGGCCAGUCAGCCGAAUCCAAGUUAUUAUCCCCAGAAUCUCCAUCAUCAUCCGCGGAUCAAACUUCGAUAUCAUCCAAUCCAUCUGGAAUCAAUGUGAGGACUUGCUGCACCGGCGCAAUAUCACCGACAUCCACUGGUGUAUCAACCUAACAAACACCCGGGCCCCUGCGCGCGUCAACCCCGACUUCACCGCGCAUACACCGGCUGUUCUUGAACUGUUGGACCAAACCCUUGUCCCGCUCAAAAUGUUUAGACUCUUUUCCAGAAAGAUUGGUUCUACGCGUCUCUUCACAUUUGGUGAAGGCCUGAGCACGGCCGAGCUCGCCAGUUUCAGUGAUGUCUCUGAAACCUUCAAGCCCCACAUCCUCAGUCUGAUUGUCUACCUGGAAACUACUGCCGAGUUCCAGGAGAAGCCUCCCGGCUGGGAUUUCAAGCACGAAGCCGAGGUGAUCAGUCAUGAUGUCAACUUUUGCUUGGACUUCAUCCGCUCUCAUAUGGUCCCUUCUUAUCCCCCUCAGACAGUCGAUGAGGUCAUGGAUCAAUUGUUUGGAACAUUCACUGAACAUUUUUUUCCUACUUUCAAUAGAUACAUUGCCCAACUGACUCAGUUCCAAGCUGAGGGUUAA